UCUUUAUGUGCACAGUGACUCUCCUAAUGGGUUAGGAUUACCCUUGCGUUGACUCCUCCUACUCUUCUGAUGAAAGGGGCCCAUUGUGGGGGGGUUUUCCAGGCAUUCCAAAGGGAAUUCCUGUAGCAAGUGUGAGCAGCACAGCAGGCCAAGAGGGAGGGGCAUGACUCCAAGUUUUCCACCCAGGAUGUUGCACACAGUCACCGAGUGGCUGUGGUGGGAGCGUUUGUGGCUGCCCGUGAACGUCUCAUGGGCAGACCUGGAGGACCGCGACGGCCGCGUCUACGCCAAAGCCUCCCAGCUGUACAUCGUGCUGCCCUUGGCCUUCUGCCUCCUCUUUGUCAGGUUUCUCUUUGAGAGGUUGGUGGCUGCUCCCCUUGCCGACGUUUGUGGCAUUAAAGACAGACUACGUCAGACAUUAGAGCAAAAUGCCAUCUUGGAAAACUACUUCUGCACAAAAGCACGGGUUCUGUCACAGGCCGACGUGAGGGGUCUAUGUAAGAAGAUGGGCUGGACCGAGCGAAGAGUUCAAGUGUGGUUCAGGAGGCGGCGCAACCACCUGCGUCCAGGUCUUCGCAAGAGAUUCUGUGAAGCCAGCUGGCGAUGUGUAUUCUAUUUUUCCGCAUUUGUUGGCGGCAUUGUGGCCCUCCACGAUAAACCCUGGUUUUACAAUCUCAAAGAGGUUUGGGCAGGGUUCCCCAAACAGUCAUUGCUGGAAUCCCAGUACUGGUAUUACUUCCUGGAAAUGGGAUUCUAUCUUUCGCUGCUCCUCAGCCUCACGUUUGAUGUGAAGCGGAAGGACUUUAAAGAGCAGGUGAUCCACCACAUCGCCACGUUGACUUUGCUGGCGUUCUCCUGGAUCUCCAACUACAUCCGCGUCGGCACCAUCGUGAUGGCGCUCCACGACUCGGCCGAUAUCCUCCUCGAGGGUGCAAAGGUACUCAACUACGCUAAGUGGCACAAGACAGCUAACACUAUCUUUGUGAUCUUCACUUUCCUUUUCAUGCUGACCAGACUUGUGAUCUUUCCUUUCUGGGUGAUCCACUGCACGUGGGUGUAUCCACUGGAUAGUUACCCUCCUUUCUUUGGCUACUACUUCUUCAACGUCAUGUUGCUGGUGCUGCAGAUCCUGCACCUCUACUGGGCUGUUCUCAUAUCAAAAAUGCUCUACAAGUGUCUCUUCAGCAAGCUGGAAGGGGACGAUCGGAGCGACGAAGAGGAGGACGACAGUGAGGAGGAGAGAAACUGCAAGCAAAAUCACACGAAUGGAGUCGGAGUACGAGGCCGGGCCAACGGUCACUGAUGGGGAUAAGAAAAGUGACUUCUUGGACAGAAUCCCGGUAGACUGUAGAAAUUAAGUACAAUGCAACCUCAAAGCAUUCACAGCAAUUCACUUUUUAAACAUUUUGCUAUGGUCAUCAGUAACUCGACUUAUAAAUGGAUUAGUUUAAGAGUUUGUUGUUUUUUUUUUUUUUUUUUAGGUGGCUCCCCUUGCCCACAUGAGGGUGUAAAAGUACUUUAGUUGCUAAAUAUUAUUUUCACUUGACUUGUCUUGAUUUUUUUUUUUUAAAGCUGUCUCUUGAUUGUUUUUUUUAACUCUUAAAUUAUGCAAAAGUCAGGUGGUAAUUAAAGUACUUUUACAGAACCUGCAAAACAUCAACAUGCAGAGUUGUUCUGUUGCACGCAAAGUAACUGUAUUGGGAUUUACAGACAGCUAAACUCCUUAUUGCAUCACCUACAAGGAACAGGCACUUAUUGUAUUUGAUGAGAUGAUGUGAAGCUACAACACGGAUCGAGAUUUGAUAACUAAUGCGUCAAUAUCGAAACCAGUUUGGCCAAAGGGCGAGAACAAACGGAUCACAUUACUGUAUAAUGAACCUACGCCCUCUAGCGGCCGUGAAGAAAAACCACAUGUAACAUGUUCCAAUACAGUAGGUGUCGAAUUUCGAGGGUUGGAAAAGAAUUUCUUGUAUUUUUUUUUUUUUUAAUCAAGGCUGUUACACAAAACGUGAAAAGGUGAAGUGUUGUGAAUACUUUCCGGAUGUGAAAAAAACACAUGCACUCUGAUUGUUAUUUAAAACACACAAAAAAGUGACGGUUAAGUGAUGACCUGAUAUGGAGCUCCAUAUUAGUGAAGCUUAAAUAAAACA